GGGGUUGUUUCAGAGGUUGGAGAUUGGAGGAGGAGAGAGAGAGCGAGAGAGAGAGAGACAGAGAGAGACAGAGACAGAGCGAGAGAGAGAGAGAGAGAGAGAGAGAGAGAGAGAGAGAGGAGAGCGUGAGUGAGACUGUUGCCGGUGUCUUGACAGAGUGAAGGCAGACUGCUGGAGAUCCAUCAGGGGAAUAUCCAGAAACCUGCUGCUGGAGCAGAAGCACCACAGAGGCGGAUAUCAGCAGUGGGCUGUGCAUGGUAGGAAACGCUCAGAAUGAUCAUUCGCUGCAUAAUUGGAAGUUUUUUGAAUGGGGUUUGGUCUGAGAGGAAGAGGAUGGACGUUGUGAUGCAUAUUCACGUGCCCUGUCUGUGCCUGAGUUCUGAGGAGGAAGAGGAGGAGGAGGAGGGUGUUAAUGUUGUUAACUUCAGAGGGUUAUCAGGAUGAAGAGGUUUUAUAUGAAGAUCGUCUGCAGAGUAAACCAGCUCACAGCUUAUUAGUCUCACAUUUAGAGGCUGUGUGAGGUGAGAGUGUGUGCUUCAUGAAUUCAAGGUGGAGGUGUGUGUGGUUAAAGUCAUAGAAGUGUAAAUCAGUGUGAGACCAACAACUGAAAGCACUGCUCUGUGUGUGUCUGUGUGUGUGUGUGUGUCUGUGUGUGUGUGAACGCACACUUGAUUCAUUGUUAAAUGAUGUGGGUGUUGCAGUGGAGGUCUUCCAUGGUUUCACUUUCUGUCUGUGUGUCUUUGUCUCUCUCUCUCUCUCUCUCUCUCUCUCUCUCUCUCUCUCUCUCUCUGCAGUAAUGAUAUUUAUUGCAAUCUUUGCAGUUGGAGAGGGGGGAUGGGUGGAGUAGUACAAAGCUUUAUGUGGCUUUGUAUGUACUAUUUUCUAUUGUUAUUUUCUCUCUAUGUGUGUGUGUGUGUGUGUGUGUGUGUGUGUGUGUGUGUGUGAGAGAGAGAGAGAGAGAGGGAGGGAGGAAAUCUCACAUGCAUAUCUGAGUUUCCGCUUCAGUUGCAGGCUGAGGCAGUGGUGCAGACACUUUAAAGCUGCCAUUUCCUGAGACUCGGAGUUAUUAUUACUGUCCGUCUCCCCCAGGUCUGAUGAGUUCACUGUCUGCCGGCUCAGAGAUGCAGACUCCUGCUUUGGGCCCACAGUUCAUGACGGGGCCACAGGGUAAGGUACCCGGCAGGAAGAGGGGACGGCCUCCCAUCCGAAAACUGGAGUUUCAAAGCCUCUACGCCGAGCCGCUGUCUCCUCUGAAGGUGCCGAAGAAGAGAGGAAGAAAACCUGGAGUCAAGGUCUGUUAGCAUCUAUCUAUCUUUGCCUUCAUGUUGUUUCACACAGUCUAUUUAAUUAUAAAUAAAACCACCCCUCUUUGAAGAAUUGAAGGUGUCAUUAACGGUUAAAUGUGAAAUAUACAAAAAUCUUUUCACCUCAGAAUUGUGGAUUAACUUUGUGUAAAUCUCACUAGUGUGAAAUCUGUGGGAUAGCUAACGUCUUAAACAUGCAUAUUUGUGUGUUUGUGUGUUUUUUCUGGUGCUUUUAGUGACAAAAAUAUAAUAUACACACUCUAUAUACUGUUGCUCUAUAGUUUCACUUCACACAAACAUGACUACUUCCUGUUCAUUUGUUUUUCCAUGCUCUAUUUUUGGUACGCCUGAUUUCUGCAAGUGUCACUAUGAGGACUAUUUGUGUCGUGUUUUGUUUCUACAGGAGUUCAGCUUAUUUUGCUGGUUUAUGAGCAGUUGUUUGAAUUCUUUAAGGUGGUUUAGUUUUUUCAUUAACUGGUUGAUUGUAGCCCUUUAAUACCUGACACCACAAAUUAUGGCCAGAAAAUUCACAUUUUUUCGGAGCUGAAAUAUUUAUUUCACUUACUACUAAAAAACAAAAAAUCUAAAUGUCUUUAAAAUUCAACGAAAAUAUAUUUAUUUAUCUCGUUUGAUACAUUAGAUGGAAACAAGAGGACAUUUUAUUAUUUAUCCGACUGUAUUCAGGUGUUUUUUUAGGAAUAUGUUGAUCAUAUUGAUUUGAUCGAAGUAUAAAAGUAUGUAUCAAAUAUGAUACAAAAGGCAUUAAAGGGUUAAAAUGAUGGUUGACUGACAGCUCUGUUAACCAAUAAGGACUCUUGCAUUGUUUUUUUACUUGAUAUACAGAGUAAAGGAGGAACAAACAUUAACAGAGAUGUUGAACUUUCAGGUGACACUUUAUUUGACGCCUAUCUCUAUAACGCAUUACAAAUAUAUUUAUAAUGCAUUAUAAUCAUGUUAUAUUACUGUAUAACUAGAGUUAUAAACACUCAUAAAUGAUCAUAAUGCUUUAUAACAAUAAUCAUGAGACAUUAUAAAGCAUUUUAUCAUGACUUACAAGGUCAGGUAUUAUAAUGUGUUAUGAUUAUUGUUAUAAAGCCUUAUGAUAAUUAAUGAGUGUUUAUAAUGACAGUUAUACAAGUUUAUAAGCGAAUUACAAUAAUCAUAAAUAUAUGUUUAAUGCAUUAUGUAUGUGGGUAUUGUCAGUGAGUUGUUAACGGUUAUAACACAUUAUAACACCUGAUCUUGUAAGUCAUGAUAAAACACUUUAUAAUGUGUUUUGAUUAUUGCUAAGCAUUACGAUCAUUUAUGAGUGUUUGUAACUCUAGUUAUACAGUGAUAUAACAUGAUUAUAACACAUUAUAAAUAAAUUUAUAAUGUGUUAUAGAGAGCCUCAGAUCCUUAGAGUGAAUUUCAGUUUUAAGCGAGCUCCAGAAUCAGUUUUGUUGUGGAUUAUAACAACCUGAAGGAUCUCUGAUGGUUUAUUUUAAAAGUUAAAAGUGUGUUUUUGGUUAGCAGGAAGGGUGUGACGUUAGCUCUGCUGCAGCAAGGUUGCAUCUGUGCAAGAUUUCAGCUCCUAUAGUGGCUUCCCGUCUUCACUUUUUGACUCGCGAUUCUCCAUUAUCACUGUCAUUGUUUUGAUAUUUGUCAUGUUAGCAGUGUUAAGAUGUAACCUGGUAUUUUAAGUGUCUUCUCAAUAACCUGCAUUUUCCUGGGAUCACCUGAAUCUUCACGUAUGUCUCUCUCUCUUGUGUGUUUCUGUGCAGCUGAAGCCCAGGAUGCUGAUGUCCCCCCUCGCUACCUCUCCUCCAAACAGCACACCGGAGCCUGAGAUGGGCUCUCUCCCACAGGAUGCUGCUAUCGUCCCCCACUCUGCCACGCCACAAGUCCUAACAGGUGACAUCAAACACAGACACACAUGGAUUUUAACCUUUAUGAGCAGAAAGAGUGGGUAUAUGAGGGUCAGGAGAUCAUGUUAUGAUGGUGGAGGGUGGUCCUGAUGUUGAACUUUGCGGUCUGAAAUGAACCUUUACGCCCUUUCUUUUCUUUUCUUUUGUUUCCUAUCUUAUCUUUUAAUCCCUCUGUUGCUGCUUUGACAGAGACUUGUAUUUCUUUGUCGUCAGAGUCGUGUCUUCCUUCUUUGUUCUCUAAAUUCACAGAAGACUUGUUCUCUGUGAUAAUACGCGAGUGAAGAUGAAACCGUUACACUCGUGUAUUUCUUCAUGCAGAAUCAAAAACAGCACGUACAUCUUUGGCUCUGCUAUGAAUGUUAACGUACUUUAAAUUAAGAGAAAUGCACGCCCUCAAAUUCAGCCCAAACAUGCUUCAUUAUGUAUUCUAUUUCAGUCUCCUCUUCAUCUUUGUUUUCCCGUCUCGACUCUGGAGAAAACCAGACAUUUUUAAAUUCUUCAACAAAAGAGAAAUACAUGUCACACACAGACGUUUCUUUUUUUUCUUUCUCUUUUUUAUUCCCUCAUGGUCUGUCCUGCUCUGACUGAGCAAAUAUUUAAAGACUGUCUUUGGUGUAUUUGAGGAGCGAAGGGGAAUCUCAUGUGUCAAGGACCGGCUCUUUGCUCUUUGUUCUUACAGAAAACAUGAAUGUGUUUGAUGUGAAGCUGUAAAAGCACAGAAACCAACUGCUAAUACGCUUAAAUAUGAAGCACAAACCAGUUUACUCCCCAUGGUGUCAUCCAGACAUGUAUGUAAAUCAUUUUAAUGAGAAAUGGAGGAGCAUUUUAAAAACAGUAUCUUCCCUUUAAGGUACACGUAAUUCUACAAAACAUGAAACAUGGAUACACAAAUAUUUAACAUGAUUUUGUUUACACACAAAAAAAUAUAGAUUUUGUCAUUAUUCAUAUAAAAUUUAAAAAUAUAUAAACUUGGCUUUUAAAAAAAUCAUUCAGCAUUUCUCAUUUAAAGGGAUAUUCCGGCGUAAAAUUAAUUUAGGGUCAAACACACUAUAACAGCGAGUUAGACAGAGAUGAAUGUUGUUGACCGCUUGCUUCUCUAGUUAUACCAACUUUAGUAACGACCGCAGGAUAGCAAUACAGAGAGCCACGCCCUCAACCAAAACGCCACUCUAUAGCCACAAAUAAUGCUCAGAACAGCACCUAACUUCAUCAACAGGACAUAUAGGGUCACAGACAUAGUACUAGACACCAAACAUCUUUUAAACUUUGACUCAUUUCUUUAGCAAAGAGACUAAACACAACUCACCUACUCUCUUCCAGCAGUCCAUUACAGACUACAGUGGGGUGACACAGCUCAAGGAAGAACAUUUAUGAUAGUUUCUUCAUAAAAAUACAAUCAGACCGAGAUGCUAAGGCAGAAGAACUUCUGUGUCUGCAGUGCAAAAUGAUUAAUAUGAUGAUUGUUGCUGAACUCAGCUUUAUUUCUAGAGCACUUUAAAUACAACCAAAGCUGACACAAAGUGCUGUACGUAAUCACAUAAAAAGCAAUAAAAAAGUGCCGUCACAUACUGGAUCAAAAGCCGAGGAAAAAAAGUGGGUUUUUAGACGGGUUUCCACCCCGCUGUAGUCCGUAAUGGACUGGCCUAAGGUCUCACUACAAACAAACUGCUGCUGGAAGAGAGUAGGUGAGUUGUGUACUAUGUUGUACUAUGUCUGUGACCCUAUAUGUCCUGUUGAUGAAGUUAGGUGCUGUUCUGAGCAUUAUUUGUGGCUAUAGAGUGGCGUUUUGGUUGAUCGUGUGGCUCUCUGUAUUACUAUCCUGCGGUCGUUACUAAAGUUGGUAUAACUAGAGAAGCAAACGGUCGGCAACAUUCAUCUGUCGAGGGGGGGUCUAACUCGGUGUUACAGUGUGUUUGACCCUAAAUCAAUUUUAUGCCAGAAUAUCCCUUUAAAAGCAGUUUUGUGGAAUGUUCUGGUGUCAAUUUGUAAAUCUCAAAACUCACAUGCUUAAAUUUGAUUUUACAUAAAUUCAUACGAAAUAUCAGACCUUUGUGUUUGCACCAAGGAGCGGUCAUUAAAAAUCAUCCUGGUGAAUUAUUUUAGACUCAAAUCUGUCACCUGGUAAAUCAACAACCAGCGGGUGUCUACACUGUCCACCAUGGGACCAAUAUGUCUUUAAUAUGUUGACAUUAACAGUGACUGUAAUGAUGUCACUUCCUGUCUCUGUCCCUCCAGCAGAGACACCAAUGCCAGACGACUACUUGUGCGAUCCACCAGCAGACUCCAAACGCUACGCCGUGGAUCCCAGUGACUCAGCCUUCAACCUCAUGGCAUCCCAGUACCCGCAGAAACACUCCUACGGUUACCGUGGCAGCAGCUGUUCUGCUCCAAUGGGCAUGUGCAGACAAGCAUCAAGCCCCGGGAGCAUCCAGGAUGGAAACAGGAACAGUGAGGCUUUGUUUUUAAAGUCAGAUCUACACGCUUCGAGAAAACAAGCAAAAGUGAUGUUAGUCGUCCUGGGAACAUUUUUAAUGUUUAUGUUAUUGACUUAAAUUGGUAUUUAUGCUUUUUUAUGAUACACAAAAGUAAACAAGGCCACCAGUCACAAAACUGACCUUUUAUAUGGUAUGAAGAGGUAGCCAAGCAGCUGAAGAAACAGUCCUGUUUUUACAUCGACUACAUCAAAUAUCCACAAUCAAUAAAGGAUUUGACCGUCAAUGAUUUAUUUAUUUAUUUGCUCCUUUAUUAAUCUCUGUGUUUGUUCAUCUUCUCUCUUCCUGUCCCCUCUGUACUUUUAGUUUUCAGUUCAAUGCCCGACAGCGGAGAGCAUAAGCGUCCUGCCGGUAAGGACCCGUCCAGCUGGGGUGUUGAGGAGGUGGUUCGGUUUAUCAAAGAUGCUGACCCACAAGCCCUGGGACCCCACGCUGACACCUUCAGGAAGCAUGUGAGUCAAGACUGAAACAUGUAAACCAGAGACACCCGUGUCUCUAUCAGCACCAGGUUCUUCGAGGUCCCAGAUAAAAAUCAGCAGAUGUGGUUUAAAGACUUUUGCAGCUUAUUUGUUGCAGGAUGUUUGUCUGCAAGAUGUAAUAAAUUUGCAUGAUUAGAGGUGGAGCUCAGAUGACAGACAGGUGGAUGCAUCGUAGCUGUUUGUCAGGAGUUCAUUCUCUUAUGUUAAUUCUUGGUCUAAGUGUCCUGGUCACUCACUUCAUUCUGUAAUUGGAUCAGUUUUUUUGAUUGAGAUUGUUUAUUUGAUAAAUAUACAUACAGUACAAUUUUAGACAAGAAAUUCCUUUUUUUUGGAGAUCGAAAAGGAGCAGGUUGAAGCUACAGUAUUUACCUUCAUUCCUUCCUUUUCGUUUACCCUCUACAUGUCUCUAGAAUUUAGGAUUUCUGAAGUCGCCAUAAAGUAACCAAAGCUCCAAAGUCUAACAUGGAUAUAUAACUAAUAAUUAAUACUAAAACAAAGACCUUAUGUAUACAUAUAUACAUCCAUAUCUAUAUACACACAAAUAUACACUUUAUAUAUACCUAGAAUACUUCAAAUCUCUCAUGUGUACCAAACCCAUAAACAGUAUAAUAAGUGUGGCAAAAUGAAAAUCACUUUUGUAUUUAUUUUUCAAUCAUGUUCUGCUCUAAUUUACUUUUAAACUGUGCUAGAGUUUUACUUUGUUUAAGUUCGAUGUCCCUGCUCCUGUCUCCAGUGUUUCCCCCUGAGCACAGAUGUAACUCUCCUGAAUUCGAUCACAUGUAGUUUCGCUCGCAGAACUUAUCUGUUGUUCGCUGUUUUGAUGGACACACUUGUCGUCACUGCAGUGACAAUGACAUGUUACGUGUUGCAGAGAAUUACAGAUUUGAUCAAUCAGUUUCUGUCGUUGUAACUGUGUCGACUGUACCCUCUUCAAUCACACUGUCUCUGCUGUUCAUGUGAACGCUGCAUCCUGCAAUCAUGUUGAGGCAAUCAUUGAGGAGGUGCACAGCCCAUGCCGCCAUGUGGACACAGAGCGCUCUGGGUGGCUUCACAACACAUGUCAACAUGGAGUUAAACGCGAGUUUAUUUCCAGCCUGACUCAACAGAAAGAUCUGAGUCGACUCUGUCAGACAAAAACUUGCUAGAAGCCUUAGUCUACACAGAACUUUAACUUUAUUCAUAUUAGUUUGACCCCCACAGAUUGCCCACUUUUAACUUCCCAAUUGAGUCUAUAUUAUAUGAUGUUUAAACUCAUUUAUUUGUUAUUUAUUUUCUCUAAUAAAAAAGCUAAAUCUGUUUUAUUGUACUUUCCAUUCUCACGGUUCUUUGUUGUGUUCCAGGAGAUAGAUGGAGACGCUCUGCUCUUGCUGAAAAGUGAGAUGAUGAUGAAGUAUCUGGGACUGAAGCUGGGACCUGCACUCAAACUCUGUUACCACAUCGACCGGCUCAGACAGACUCGGUUGUGACUUUCUGAUCAGCUUCGCUCUAAACUUCACCAGUGCAGAUUCUCUAAAACUCAUCAGCAAUACACCAUCGGAUCCUAAAUACACACUCGCUAGCUUUUACUGCAUCUGCAGUAGACAUGUUGACUGUAUAUACACCCGUCGAUGUUUACUGGGUAUCAGGAUGGCUUUAAUUGUAAAUAGAGCAACUGUUUUUUUAAACUUGACCUCCAUUUGAGUCCUUCCUGUAGUUGGUAAACUUCUUAAUGCAUCCAGCUCUCAACAGCAUUAAACUGUGCAGAUCUUAAUCAUGCACUCCAGAGAAUAGACCGGUAUAUGGUGCUUUUACUCAAUGUCACAUUAUAACUUAUAGAAGUCUUUGUGCUCUGGCGCGAUACUGCUGCAGCUCCAAAAUGUCAGUGCAAUCAGUAUUUGUUUCACUAUUUUUUGUUGAACUGUAGCAAAUCUAAAUGAAGAGGACAAAAUCUUCACGUUAGAGAGCGUUACUCAAAGAUGACUGUGUCUGUUUUUAUACAUUUCAUUUUGCAGAAGCUCUAUCCUAAUGUGACAAAGUAUUUUAGAGAAUGAGACGUGUUUCUCACACACUCCCAAGGAUGUGAAACAAAGCAAAUUUCUCACAAUAACAUAUUUCUGUUGACCACAAACCACAAUACAACACUGCAAUAUGGUGCUACAACCUGUGCUGCACAAACUCACACACGAUGACAGGAAAGACUAGAGACGCAGAGAGACUUAUACAUCCACUCAGCGACCUGUACACGCAGCUUUUGUCUCCAUGUUUGGUUGCAGAGUGAUAGAAGAAAAAGUGCUCAUUCAACUUGGUGCUCAUUUAGACCACAACUGCUACUACAAACUGUCUUUAUCGUUAUCACCUCCAAAUAAAGUUACAGUUUACAUUCUGCUCAGGCAAUACAAUACCUCUCUGAAGUCACAUUUAAUACACCUGCCUCUGAGAUGUUUUGUUCAUCAUGACAAUAGAAAACUGUAUUUCAUCUUCAAACUGUAAAGUGACAAACUGUUAUUUAAGUAUCAAAAGCAUUAAAACAUUUGUCGCAGCUUUCAAAUAAAACUUUGUGAAAUUGUACAAACUGUGAUUUAUCUCAUGGAGUGAUUUUAAACUUUGUUUUCUCUUAUUGUUAUUUGUGUUCUGCUUCUAUCUGUCCAAGUUCAAGGAGCUUUCUGUACGUGUUGAUUUUGUCGCCCUCAUGUGGAAGAAGCUCUGCCUCCUGUGUUUGUGCUGAUCUUGCCCCCUUAUUACGGUGGCCGAGAACCACCACAGCUGCAAUUAAAUCAGUAACUUCC